AUGCUGGAGAGUGCGGAGCUGUGCUUCAAUGUGGACCACGGCUACCUGGAGGGCCUGGUGCGGGGGUGCAAGGCCGGCCUCCUGACCCAGCAAGACUACCUCAACCUGGUCCAGUGCGAGACCCUGGAGGACCUGAAGGUUCACCUGCAGACCACGGAUUACGGCAACUUCCUGGCCAAUGAAACGAGCCCCCUCACCGUUUCCAAAAUCGACACCGAAAUGAGGAAGAAGCUGUGCGGGGAGUUCGAGUAUUUCCGGAACCAUUCCCUGGAGCCGCUGAGCACGUUCCUCACCUACAUGACGUGCAGCUACAUGAUCGACAACGUGAUCCUGCUGAUGAACGGGGCCCUGCAGAAGAAGUCGGUGGGGGACAUCCUGGGCAAGUGCCACCCGCUGGGCCGCUUCACGGAGAUGGAGGCCGUCAACAUCGCCGAGACGCCCUCCGACCUCUUCCAGGCCGUCCUGGUGGAGACGCCCUUAGCUCCCUUCUUCCAGGACUGCAUGUCUGAGAACACGCUGGACGAACUGAAUAUUGAAAUUCUGCGCAACAAGCUGUACAAGUCCUACCUGGAGGCCUUCUAUAAAUUCUGUAAGGACCAUGGUGACGUCACGGCAGAAAUCAUGUGUCCCAUCCUCCAGUUCGAGGCCGACAGGCGUGCUUUCAUCAUCACUCUCAACUCCUUCGGCACCGAACUGAGCAAAGAGGACCGCGAGGCCCUCUACCCGACCUGCGGCCAGCUCCACCCGGAGGGGCUACGCCUGCUGGCCCAGGCGGAAGACUUCGAGCAGAUGAAGAGGGUGGCCGACCACUAUGGGGCAUACAAGCCCCUGUUCGAGGCCGUGGGUGACGGGAGCGCGGGGAAGUCGCUGGAGGACGCGUUUUACGAGCACGAGGUGAAGAUGAACGUGCUGGCGUUCUCCAGGCAGUUCCACUGCGGCGUGUUCUACGCCUACACGAAGCUGAGGGAGCAGGAGAUGAGGAACAUCGUGUGGAUCGCGGAGUGCAUCUCGCAGAGACACCGCACCAAGAUCAACAGCUACAUCCCGAUCCUGUAG